AUGGCAGACGGCGAAAAUCUUUGGCGCAAACGUGCACAUUCGCGCAGCCCUGAGCGUCGUUUGGGCAGGCCACGAGGGACCAGGAGCCCGCAGGGCGAAAGACGAACUGACAUACACACAGAACACUCGUAUCCAAGACAGCAACGAUAUUUAUAUGAGGACAAUAGGUAUCUCAGGGAACGAGUUGUAAAGCUCGAAGAUGAACUCGAAAGGCUUCAACGCGUUACCAACAAUGCACCAUCUGAAAGACACCGAGACCUCCAAGAAAAACUGACUUGGUCUAAAGCUGAAAAUGCCAAGGCCGAAAAAAAGAUAAAAAACCACGAGAAUGAGCUUUCUCGCAAGUCUGCCCAGAUACUACAACUGAAGGAGAAGGUUUCAUCACUGGAGGCGCAGCAGAGAGUUUAUCGUGACCGCCUCGACAUUGCGCAGCAAGAGAUUACGAAUUUAAAAGCAGGUACUCGCCCUGGGCCGGCAUCCGCUCCAAAGGCAGGAUCUAUGAAGCACAUACAACAUUGGAAGGAGCCCACCUUACAGCACCAGAAGUCGAACCCUGUAGUGAUUAAUAAAGAUGUAGAAAAGGUUAAAAUGUUGGAAGAGAAGAUGAAAAAGACUGUCCAGGAGCGAGAAGACACUAUAAAACAACGAACUAAGGAGAUGGAUGAGAAAUUGUCAUCAGAAAAGAUCAAGUUCCAGCAGCAACUAAAUUCAAACAAUGCUACUCUCGAACGACAACGAUUGCAACUCAGGAACAAAGAUCAAAAACUUGCCAAACAAGAUUUGGAUCUCACCAGAAAGGACCAAACCAUACAAAAGCAGGCAGAUAAUAUCGCCAGAAAGGACAGUGCCGUCGACGGUCUUAGCAUGAGAAACGCGGAACUCCGUUCGGAGUCGCAAAGUUUGCGACAUGAGCGUGAGGAGUUGGUACUCGAGAAGGAGUGCCUCACAAACGAGUUGAAAGAGAAAAACCAAAGGAUCAAAACCCUCGAGGUAGAACUGAGCGACCCCAAGGCCGCGUAUCGAAAAUACAUGGAUUAUGUAGAGUCGAAGAUUUCGGCUUUCAACCAAUCUGUGGUUACGGACCUGGCAUCUCGGCGGCAGAAACUCGAUUCAACCUCUCGUUAA